AUGCUCUACUCUGCUUCAGCGCUUCAUUCUUCAAAUUCUAGUCUUCUAGUCUUCAAUGUGAACUCUUCAAUCAUCACCAUCUCCAUUGCUGAUCUGCCAAAUAAGUCAUUUCAGCUCAGAUUUCAGCUUCAGCCUUCACAUCUGCUGCCGUCUGCCGCCGUCUGCCGCCAUCUACAAGCUGCCAUUUGCUGGGCGAGAAUGUCAUCAUCUUCGUCUACACAUAACUCAUCAGCCGCAUCCAUUUCCUCGCAAUCUUUUCGAGGAAAGACCGAUAUAGCUUGGGGACAUGUUCUUGAGAGUGUUGAUAAAGAUGGAAAGAAAAUAUUAUCUUGUCUUCAUUGUGGGAAGGUUACUAGAGGUGGUGGUAUUUUCAGAAUGAAGCAACACCUAGCAGGAGUAAAAGGGGAUAUUGGAAAGUGUCCUAAGGUUCCAUUUGAUUUAGAUGAAGAAAAUGAAGAGGUUUUACCAUCACAAAUGACCAUGAAUGAAGGUGGUAGUAGUGGCGGUAAAAAACAAUUUACGAGUAGUAAGAGAAAGAAAACUAUAGGGGUUAGUAAUUAUUUUGCUCCACGAAUUACUUCUGGGUCUCAGCCUUCAAUUAGGAGUGUUUUGGCUGGAAAAGAUGCAAAGUGGAGAGCAUACAUGUCUGUUGCACUAUUCUUUUAUGAUGCUUACAUCCUGAUGAAUGCUUUAAAUUCAAUUUAUUUUCAGCCUAUGUUGGAUGCUAUAGCUGCAAUUGGCCCUGGGUAUAAACAACCUACUUAUGAUGCUAUGCGUGUGAAUUUGUUGAGAGAUGCUAAGAAGGAAGUCCAAUUAAUUGUUGACAAUUAUAUGAGGAUUUGGCAAGAGGUUGGAUGUACAUUAAUGGCUGAUGGUUGGACUGAUACUUGCCAUAGAUCAUUGAUUAAUUUUCUUGUUUACUGUCCUAAAGGUGUUUACUUUAUAAAAUCAGUGGAUGCUUCAGAUGUUGUAAAGGAUGCCUUUACAUUAUUCAAGUUGUUUGAGGAAAUGGCUUUAUGGGUUGGACCAAACAACAUUGUUCAUGUUGUCACGGAUAAUGGAGCAAAUUAUAAAGCUGCUGGAAGAAUGUUGUCUGAGAAGUAUGAGAAUAUUACUUGGUCACCUUGUGCAGCCCAUUGCUUAAAUUUAAUUUUGAAAGAUAUAUCUGAGUUGGACCACAUAGUGCCUCUUGCAAAACGUGCUUCUAAAGUAACCAAGUUUGUGUAUAAUCACACAAUUUUGAUAGCUUGGUUAAGGAAAAGAGAGGGUUGGAGAGAAAUCAUACGACCGGGUGCAACUUGGUUUGCUACUACUUUUAUUGCAUUAAGAAGUCUACAUGAGUAUAAACAUGACUUGCAAGCUAUGGUGAUUGAUAGGUUUUUUGUGGACUCUCGAUAUGCCAGAAGUAGUAAAGGCAAGAAUGUUGUUCCCAUAAUUCUAGAUAAUGAAUUUUGGGAUAACAUGGGUUACGUUUCCAAAAUUGUGGCUCCUUUGAUGCGUUUGUUGCAAGUUGUGGACUCAGAGACCUGCAAUAGGAUACGUCGGUGGGAUUUGCUUUUGCGUCUCGACAUUCAUGCUGCUGCUUAUUAUUUGAAUCCGGCUUUUCAGUAUGAUCGUGCAAGUUUCUGCAAGAAACUAGAGGUUAUGCGUGGUUUCCUUGAUGUUGUCGAUAAUAAAGCAAGUGCAUUCAAGAUGUGUUACAAGAAAAGCAGUUGUGAUCCUAUCGAUUAUGAAGGCAUUGAUAGAACAGAAUUUUGA